CUGAGAUCUUGAAAUCCAGAGAGGCACAGAGAAGGGCGUGUGAUUUGCCCAAGAUCGUUCAGCAAAACCCUAACAGUUUUGACGAACCCUGUAUUCUUCCCGCCGACUUCACGGUCUCCACUAACUACAACAAAUAUUUUAGUGGAAGACACUGUGCCAUCGCCAGGGUGCCCCUAAUGCACCCGCGGAGGACGACCCGCGCUGGGCAGACGGGGUCAGCCGCCGCAAACACACUUGUCCCCACCUCCUGGAGGUCGGGGAGGAGGAUACUGCUGGCGGUUCUUUCGCCAACUUCACACCGUCCGGAGCCUGGCCUGGGCCAGCCCAGCACCGCCGCUGCGGCCUCCUUUCCAGCUGCCGCCAGGACCAAGGCGGCCAGUGUCCAUCCGGAGGCCGGCGGAGAGCCGCACCUGAAGGCGGCACACUGCGACUGCAGGAAGCCGGGCAGGGAGCUGUGUCCGGUCGGCGCGCGGGCUGCAGAAUUUCGAGGAUGUUCGAUGUAAAUGUAUCUGUCCUCCCUAUAAGGAGAAUUCUGGGCAUAUUUAUAAUAAGAACAUAUCCCAGAAAGACUGUGAUUGCCUUCAUGUUGUGGAGCCCAUGCCUGUGCGGGGGCCUGACGUAGAAGCCUACUGUCUGCGCUGUGAAUGUAAAUAUGAGGAAAGAAGCUCUGUUACAAUCAAGGUUACCAUUAUAAUUUAUUUGUCCAUUUUGGGCCUUCUGCUUCUGUACAUGGUAUAUCUGACUCUGGUUGAGCCCAUACUGAAGAGGCGCCUCUUUGGACACUCACAGUUGAUACAGAGCGAUGAUGACGUUGGGGAUCACCAGCCUUUUGCAAAUGCCCAUGAUGUGCUGGCACGCUCCCGCAGUCGAGCCAAUGUUCUGAACAAGGUAGAAUACGCCCAGCAGCGCUGGAAGCUUCAAGUUCAAGAGCAGCGAAAAUCUGUUUUUGACCGACAUGUUGUCCUCAGCUAAUUGGAUUUAGAAUUCAAGGUGACUGGAAAGAAACAAGACAGACAACUGGAAAGAACUGACUGAAUUUUCCUGGAUUUUGUUUUAAUACUCUGUUUGAUCUCAUCAAAUCUUGCUGAAGACUCAAAAUUGGAAGCAAAAACAUGCUUGGUAUUUUUUUUUCUUGUCAAUGUAUUAAUAGAGACAUUUUUAAAAGCACACACCUCAAAGUCAGCCAAUAAAUCUUUUACUACUUGUGACUUUUACUAAUAAAAAUAAACUUUCUUGGUAAUUAUCUUGAAGUCCUUUAACCUUGAACAAGCCCUCUCUUUUUCACUACACAGUUUUAACUUGGUUUUCAAGAGGAUUUUUAGGGGUUUUUGUUUUGUUUUUAUUUUUUUGUUGUUGGGGGGGUGGUUUUUUGUUGUUUUUCAGGAGAAGGGAGGGAUGUGUGGGAACUGCUUCACGAUGCUUUUCUUGAGUUACUUCACUACACAAACUUUUGUAAAUAGUCCUUACCUUCUACUUUCAAGUUUCAUUUCUAUUUUGCCAUGUAGCCAGCCUCAUCAGAGCGCUGACUUAUUCAACUGACUUUUGCACUGACUGCAUUACCUAGGUAUCUGGCUGGCCUGUGACUGCACUUCAUGAAAACUGGGUCUGAAAUGCCUGGUGGCUCUUCACAAAAUGCAGAUUUUCCUCAUGUACUGUGAUGUCUGAUGCAAUGCAUCCUAGAACUGGCUAUUUGCUAGUUUACCCUAAUGACUAAACAUAGUCUUGAUGUGUGUGGUCUUCCUCAUCUUCACAUAUCUUUAAGGACAAAUCCUAAGGACUUGGACACUUGCAAUAAAGAAGUUUUCUUUUAAACUCAAGCCUCCUUGGAUUAAUGACAUACGCAUUAUUUGCUGGCGAUUCUGGUCAUGAGAAGCAGCUGUGAACUAGGACUGGGUGCCUUUCUCUAAAGGGUAUAACAGUUAUUUGAGAAUUGACUUUUUCUUCCUAUAUCUUUGUUGGAAUGUAAUAAUAAAAUAAUUUUUGAAACACC